AUGUUCACCCCAAUUCACACCACGCUGGGUGCACUAUUACUAUUCCAAGGCUCGUCCGGCCUGCUCGUACACAACGGCGCCGUCUUUGGUAUCUCCUCUCUUCUAUCCGGGUGCGCCUUCAACCCGAGUCGCGACAAUGUACCGAUCAUUGCGGGCUUGGUAUCCAGCAUUAUGCCAGUGUACUUGUUCGCACCGUCAUUGAUUCCGAGUUAUCCGGCACCACCGACUUCUUUGGCUUCUGCUGUGGCCACGUUGGGAGUGGGCAUAUUAUUGGGAUGGGGUACAAAGAACGGCCGAGGCUGUACUUCCGGACACAUGCUGUGUGGACUUUCUCGUCUCUCCCCCCGCUCGCUGAUUGCGACUGCCGUCUUCUUCGUUACCGCACUCCUCACUGCGAACUUUGUCGGAAGUGGAGCAAACAUCCCGUCGUGUGGUUCAACUCCGUGUUACACACCCAUCUAUCCAUCGGGGUCAGAGUUCGGGUUCAUGGCCGGUGCAGCGUUGUUGGCGGCCAUCACAAAUUUUAUCAUCGUCCCGCGAAAGGCCCGUCGGUCAGAGGAGUCUAGGGUUGCCUUUUCCUAUGUGGCAGGUUUGGAGUUCGGCCUAGGUCUGUUGAUCUCCGGCAUGGCAGACUCAGCGAAGGUGCUCAGGUUCUUUGCUUUCUUGACCGAUCCCUCCCGUUUCGAUCCGUCGCUGGCGCUCAUCAUCCUGUUCGGCAUUGGGCCAUCUCUCUUCACUUUCCUGACCGAGAAACCAGGCCAGGGGCAUGAAAAGGGCAAGCCUGCUGCAAAGCCCACCCUUGCCGAGGAAUGGAAGCUCCCCACAGCAACGGUGGGUGAUAUCAACUGGCGAUUUGUUGCUGGUGCUGCUUCGUUCGGGCUUGCUUGGGGACUGAGGGGCGUUUGCCCAGGUCCAGCAAUUCUGCGAGCAGUUCUUCAACCCACUUGGGGAUUGGCGACAAUGGCCGGUUACCUGUUUGGCAACCUCUUCUGA